AUGUCAACGCAGGCGCCUGGGGGGCUGCUGGGAAACGCCGGCGGCCAGCAGGAGGGCGCCGCCGCCGAGAAAGCCGUCACCGAGAUUCCGGGCCAAGCACUGCCGCCACGCGCCGCCCUGCUGCCGCCGCGCCCGGCCUCCCAGGCCGCCUCCUAUGCCAGCGAGGACAACGGCAGCGAGACGGACUUCACAGCGGUGGGAUGGCGACCGCCGGGGGACGGGGCGCAACCGCCCUCCCACACACACGCAGCGGUGCAGCCCGAGGCAGCAGCACUCUCCGAGGCGGAGCUGCGUCGCUCGCCAUUCUUCGACCUGCAGCACCCAGUGACGCUGUAUGAAGCUGCCAAGCUGGUGCUCAUGGCGCCCGUGGUGGUGCUCAAGCUGCUCGCCUUGGCGGUGGCUGUGCCCUACGCCUGGGCGGUCCUGGCUGUGCUGCUGCUCGGGCACAAGCCGCAGACGCCCAUGCAGCCCUUCCGCCAGUUCUUGCAGCAGGGAGGUAAAAGGGUGAUCAGAUCUGCUCUGCAGUGGGUGCACCAGUGGGGCCGCUUCCUGCUCUUUGUCGCCGGCUUCUACCACAUACCGGUCCGCGGCUGGCACAACGUGCGGGCGGCAGAGGAGUGCAGGGCAAUCCUGGUGUUCAACCAUCCCAGCUACGUGGACGCGGCUGCCAUGGCCACUUUCUUCACCCCCUCUGGAGUGUCCAAGGCCGGCGUGCUGUUCUUUGUGGAGCGCAAGGGGAGCAGCGACCGGGCCAACAAGCACGUGCUGCGGGGCGAUGCCGUCACUGCCAUCGCCGGCCGAGCCGCCGACCGCAGGUUCCCACUGGUGGCCAUUGCGCCAGAGGCAACCACCAAGGCGCAGCCGUGCCUGCUCAAGUUCCGUCGCGGCGCCUUUGCCAUGGGCCUGCCCGUCUGCCCGGUGCUGCUGCGCUACCGUUAUCGCCACUUCAACCCCGGCUGGGGCAUAGCCAUCACUCCCUUCCACGUAUAUCGCCUGCUGGCCCAGCUCAUCAACCACCUGGACAUCACGGUGCUGCCGCCCUACCACCCAUCUGAUGCGGAGCUGAAGGAUUGGCGGCUGUACGCCGAGAACAUGCGGCAGCUGAUGGGGCAGCACCUUGGCGUGCCGCUGGGCCUGAGCGAGGAGCGGCAGCUGUGGCGCAUGGGGGCGCGGGUCAACCUGCUGGGGACCAAGGCGUGGUUCGCCUCUUCGGCCAUCGGCAUGAGCACCGCACUCCAGCGCUUGAGGCAGGGGCAGGGCCGAUGCCAGCAGCAGUUGCUAUCCCUGCUGCAGUGGCAUCAGCAGCAGGCGCAGGCAGGGGGCCUGCAGCAGCAGCGUGGGAUGGCCGACCAGGCCCCUGCGAAGCAGUUUGCCAAGGAGCGCAAGGGCUUCCAGAACUCGCUGUCCGAGCUGCGCAAGACGUGGGCCAAGGAGCGGCUGGAGAAGGAGGCGGCACGGGCAGCGGCAGAAGCGGCGGCGAGGGCGGAGCGCGAAGCGGCCAGGGCGCAGCGCAAGCAGAAAGACCUGCAGUCUAAGGCGCGGCGGCUGACGGAGUUCCAGGCGCAGGAGGCGGCGGCGCGAGAGCUGCGGCUGGCGGCCAAGGCGGAGCGGCUGAAGCGGGCGCAGCUGCGGGAGGAGGUGCUGGACGUGGCGCGGGAGGAGCGGCGGCGCCUGCUGCUGCUCCAGUCGUGCAACUGGGUGACGGAGCAGACGCUGGAGCAGCGCGUCCAGGAGGCGCUGGACAACCCGAAGCGGCAGGAGCCGCCUAGCAAGCGGUUGUGCGAGCAACCUAAACUAUUCCGGCGGGGAGGAGGCAUGCGAGGGUCACCGGCGGUAGCGGCAGCGCUGCUGGCGGCCGUGCUGCAGGGGUUGCAUGUGGGAGGGGCGGCGGCGCCCGCCGUGAGCAGCACAGCCAGCCGCCGCAGCCUGCAGAUGGCACCGCGCUUCAGAGGUGGCUGCCCCGGGGGCAUGUUUACAAUCAGGAGUGCGGCGGACAGGCAGCGAGCGUUGGACUCGGGGCGGCAUGCCUUCCGCUGGCACAUCCAGGAGUUUUGCCAGAAGAUGCCGUUGUACGUGAUGGAGCCUCUGCGAUUUGGCCUGCGCCUGGCGCCGCGCUGCACAAACAGGGCGCGCACGCGGUUCACGCUGCUGUUGUCGUUUGCCAGCCCAUGCGCCCGGGGCCAGCGAGUCAAGCACACUCUGGCCGUCAACUGGCGCCCCAGGCGCAACUGUGCCAGCGAUUACUGGCCGUUGAGAACCAGCAGCGAGGCGAGAGCGGCAUUGGGGCAGCUUUGUCCCAUCUUCCAGCCGGAGCAGAUGCCGCCACUGCAGUGCCCGCCAGGCUUUGUGGCGGGGCAGCCCGAGGUGGUGGGCAACGUUCUUGAUGCGAUUUUCCUGCAGCAUGUGAUGCCCGGCCUGCGGAGCACGCGGUACUGGUGCAAGGGCGGCCUGGCGGAGGUCUGGUAUGAGAAGCUGAAUGGCUGUACUACGCCGCGCAGCAAGGGGGCCUCCCCAUAUUUGAUGGCCGAAGGGCAGGCGCGCUACGCCUGCUACCAUCCAAACCGGCGGCCCGGCAGGGAGAUCCGCAUAGGGUUCAGGGCCCAGGGCACGUACCGGCGGCAGUGCUUCGACAGGGUUUCCCUUAUUCGCGCCUGA